UAAUUUUUCAUUAUUACUAUUUGUAAGAUAGUUGAUCGAACAAAUGAAACUAGUUUUCAGGAACUUGUUCUUGCUUGUCCUCCUUACUCUUUCAGUUGGGGAGAUCAAGCGAGAACAUAUGUAUGUGAAUGGUGAGGCGGCGGUUGGAGCACCACCACCAGUGGCGCCAGGUCCACCAUCGCCGCCGCAAGAUUCAUCAUGCUUCAAGAAGAAAAUGCCGUCUGUUAAUGUUGGAUGCAAUCCCGGUAACCCUGAGGGAUGUGCAACUGCAUGCUCAAAUACUCAAUCUGCGUGGAAGGCGUUGUGUGAGCCCGAUCAAAGCACUACGCCUAAUGGCCAAUACGCAGGCAACUUAGCUUGUCACUGUGCAGAAUCCUGUCAAUGCGGCAGUUCACCCGACUGCACAAACCCCGUUAAUAUCCCCGCGAAUGCUACAACACCCGGAUCCGGAUCCAUCUCAAUCUCAACACAAGCACCCACUCUCCUACUCCUACUCACAUAUAUCAUCAAUAUCCCAUUAUUAUAUUAAUUAACACCUGAUCAUUAGGUUCUUUAUCAUUAUCAUUAUCAUUAUCAUUAUCAUUAUCAUUAUCAUUAUACUACUCCCUUAUAUAUUUAUAUAUAUAUAUAAUGUUCCUUCCCAUCAUGCAUGUACUCGUUACUUGGUACUCGGCACACAAAGUUACCUAUUGCAAUUCAA